CACGGCUGGGGCGGGGUUGGCGGAGGGUGGCGGGCGGCGGGCGGCGGAGGCGCGGGGCCUGCUCCCGCCGGCACCAUGGCCAAGACCGUGGCCUAUUUCUACGACCCCGACGUGGGCAACUUCCACUACGGAGCUGGACACCCUAUGAAGCCCCAUCGCUUGGCAUUGACCCAUAGCCUGGUCCUGCAUUACGGUCUCUAUAAGAAGAUGAUCGUCUUCAAGCCAUACCAGGCCUCCCAGCAUGACAUGUGCCGCUUCCACUCCGAGGACUACAUUGACUUCCUGCAGAGAGUCAGCCCCACCAAUAUGCAAGGCUUCACCAAGAGUCUUAAUGCCUUCAACGUAGGCGAUGACUGCCCAGUGUUUCCCGGGCUCUUUGAGUUCUGCUCGCGUUACACAGGCGCAUCUCUGCAAGGAGCAACCCAGCUGAACAACAAGAUCUGUGAUAUUGCCAUUAACUGGGCUGGUGGUCUGCACCAUGCCAAGAAGUUUGAGGCCUCUGGCUUCUGCUAUGUCAACGACAUUGUGAUUGGCAUCCUGGAGCUGCUCAAGUACCACCCUCGGGUGCUUUACAUUGAUAUUGACAUCCACCAUGGUGACGGGGUUCAGGAAGCUUUCUACCUCACUGACCGGGUCAUGACGGUGUCCUUCCACAAAUACGGAAAUUACUUCUUCCCUGGCACAGGUGACAUGUAUGAAGUCGGGGCAGAGAGUGGCCGCUACUACUGUCUGAAUGUGCCCCUGCGGGAUGGCAUUGAUGACCAGAGUUACAAGCACCUUUUCCAGCCGGUUAUCAACCAGGUAGUGGACUUCUACCAACCCACGUGCAUUGUGCUCCAGUGUGGAGCUGACUCUCUGGGCUGUGAUCGAUUGGGCUGCUUUAACCUCAGCAUCCGAGGGCAUGGGGAAUGCGUCGAAUAUGUCAAGAGCUUCAAUAUCCCUCUACUGGUGCUGGGUGGUGGUGGUUAUACUGUCCGAAAUGUUGCCCGUUGCUGGACAUAUGAGACAUCGCUGCUGGUAGAAGAGGCCAUUAGUGAGGAGCUUCCCUAUAGUGAAUACUUCGAGUACUUUGCCCCAGACUUCACACUUCAUCCAGAUGUCAGCACCCGCAUCGAGAAUCAGAACUCACGCCAGUAUCUGGACCAGAUCCGCCAGACAAUCUUUGAAAACCUGAAGAUGCUGAACCAUGCACCUAGUGUCCAGAUUCAUGACGUGCCUGCAGACCUCCUGACCUAUGACAGGACUGAUGAGGCUGAUGCAGAGGAGAGGGGUCCUGAGGAGAACUAUAGCAGGCCAGAGGCACCCAAUGAGUUCUAUGAUGGAGACCAUGACAAUGACAAGGAAAGUGAUGUGGAGAUUUAAGAGUGGCUUGGGAUGCUGUGUCCCAAGGAAUUUCUUUUCACCUCUUGGUUGGACUGGAGGGAAAAGGAGUGGCUCCUAGAGUCCUGGAGUGGUCACCCCAGGGCUUUUGCUGACUCUGGGAAAGAGUCUGGAGACCACAUUUGGUUCUCGAACCAUCUACCCCCUUUUCUUCUCUCUCCUAAGGCCUGACAGUGGUACCUCUUAGGGAUGAGAUAUGGACAAGGAUAGCUAUAUGGGACAUUAUUGGCAGUGGGCCCUGGAGGCCAGUCCUUAGCCCCCCUUGUCCCUUAUUUCUUCCCUGCUUCCCUCCAACCCAGAGACUUUGAGGGACGAAUGGGUAGACAAGGACCGAGAUUGUCUCUGACUUCCUCCUCCCCUGAGUUCUGAUUUCCUCCUCCCCUUGCUUCCAGGGAAGAUGAAGAGAGAGGGAUUUGGCAGGGGCUCUGGCUCCCUAACACCUGAAUCCCAGGUGAUGGGAAGUAUGUUUUCAAGUGUUGGGAAGAUACGAAAAUGUUCUGUUCUCACUUUUGGCUUUAUGUCCAUUUUACCACUGUUUUUAUCCAAUAAACUAAGUCGGUAUUUUUUGUACCUUU